AUGCCAAAAGUUGUUAUUGCUGGAGCGGGAUUAGUUGGUGCACUGAAUGCCUGUUACUUUGCCAAACGUGGUUGGACUGUCGAAGUUUAUGAAUAUCGUAAAGAUAUUCGUAAAACCGAACAUGUCGUUGGAAGAAGUAUCAACUUGGCUUUGAGCCAUCGUGGCAAAACAGCCUUGGAGCAAGUCGGUUUGAAACAGUACAUAGUGGAUCAAGGUGUUCCUCUAUAUGAUCGUUUAGUUCAUGACAAAAAUGGAAAAACUUUUUCAAGGCAACCGUAUGGACAACCGGGAGAACAUAUCGUUUCUAUCAAUCGAAGACACCUCAACGAAGUUAUGAUAACUCAAGCUGAAAAAUGCGGGAAUGUUAGAUUUUUUUUCGAACACAAAGUGAAACGUAUUAAUAUUGAGCUAAAUGAGUUAACAGUACAAAGUGGCGAGGUUGAACUCAUAGUAUCGGCUGAUUUGAUUGUGGGUUGCGAUGGAGCUUACUCGGCAGUGCGAAGAAGUUUAUCUACACUUCCAAAAUUCAACUACUCACAAGAAUAUAUUGAGCACGGAUAUGUCGAAUUGAAUAUUUUGCCAAAAAAUGACAAAUUUGUCUUUGAGCCUAAUGUUUUCCAUCUUUGGCCUCGAGGACAUUUCACUCUCAUCGCAUUAGCAAACACAGAUAAAACUUUCACUGUAACCAUCUUUGCUCCAUAUGCAGAAUUUGAAAAACACAUGUCGACGUCACAGGAUGUCGAAAAAUUCUUCAAAGAUAACUUCUGCGAUGCUUAUGAAGUGUUAGGAAGAGAGCAUUUGCUGGAUGUUUUCAAUCGUGUUAAACCUCAAUCUCUAAUUUCAAUCAAAUGCUCUCCACAUCAUUUUGGUAAAGGAAUUCUCAUAAUGGGUGAUGCUGCUCACGCCAUGGUUCCUUUCUACGGACAAGGCAUGAAUUGUGGUUUCGAAGACUGCUUGGUAUUGAGUCAGGUGUUGGAUGACUGUAAGGACAACAUAGCCGAAGCCGUUGAGUUAUACAGUAAGCGGCGUGUCAGAGAUGCUCACACAAUUAAUGAUCUGGCUAUGUAUAACUACGAAGAAUUGAAAGAUCUAGUGAACCACAAAUCCUACAAAUUACGUAAGAAACUGGACUUAUUCUUAAAUAAGUGGCUUCCAAACACUUGGGUACCCCUCUAUUCUAUGGUAACUUUCACGCGUAUACCGUACUCCCAAGUAGUUGAAGAUCGUAAGUGGCAAGAUAAGAUUUUGAGCAGAUUUUCAAAUGUUGCUCUGUUAAGCAUCGGUGGAGCUGGUAUUGGAUUGUUCUAUCUUUACAAGAGUGGUAAGCUCUCUCAGUAA